AUGCUUGAGAGAGCUUUUGGGUGGCCAGAUGAGAAGCAGCCAAUCAGCGCCAUUCAUCAUGCAUUCGAGAUCUUAGUGGAGGUCUAUUCGAAGUCCAUUUUCUCAUAUCGCAUCAGGGUUCUUUGCACGACACUUGAUGAUUUCUUAUUUCAUAUCACCUUUACUGUAAAUACUCAUCCACCCUCUCUCAACUACGAAAGAGACAAUUAUCACCGCCUAAGUUUCAUGGAUCAACACUUUCUGGUGACUAAAAUCAUCAUAAGAUUAUUUCAACUAUGCCCGAACUAUUUAAAUGGCUCGUUUGGAGAAUGCGGUUGUCUUUUGGAAGAGGAAGUUUCUAGUAAUUGGGAUUUCGAUGGGUCCUCCUCAUAUCAGAAUUUCUAUGCCUCCUUUUUACCUGGAAACCACAGCAUUGAAUACUCGCGAUUGGAUGCUCAGGAAUCUACCGCAGAUAGUUCCCACGAAGACAGGUUGGAAACUGGAGAAGCUGGAGAAGGCGGCACAGUGGUGGAAAGAGCAUAUACUGCUUCAACAUGCCUGAAGCUGCGAAUAAAGACCAAUCACCGCUCAAUAGGCACUUCGGUGCACCUGCAGACGUUCUACACCGUCUCUGCAAUUCUGGAGUCGCCACUUCGCCAUCACGUGCCUAUCACCCUCCUGCCCUCUGCGGAUGACCUAUUUCUCGCCGCUUCAUUUCGCUGUAUUUCUGAGGUGCAGAGUACCAGUGCUUUUACAGGUGCAACAAGUAACCAGUUCUUUUGUCGUCGAAGGAGGUCUUGGUGCGAAGCUGUACAAGGGGCAGGAAUUGUUGGCACGGGUUGUUUCUCUUAA